AUUAGCGUCACCUGUGCAGAAUAUAAGGCUAAGUUUCAAAGUCCUAUGACACGGGUUUGAACUAUUAACAAGGAGCCACAAAAGGUUAUCAGGCAAAAAGCAGCAGCCAUGACUGAGAGACGCGUCCCGUUCAGCUUCCUGCGCACCCCCAGCUGGGACCCCUUCAGGGACUGGUACCAGGGCAGCCGGAUCUUCGACCAGGCGUUUGGCAUGCCUUCCCUGGCCGAGGAGUUCCCCACCUUCCCCAGCACCCACUGGCCGGGCUACCUUCGUCCCAACCACAUGGGCCCUGAUGCCAUCAUGCCCCCCACCAUGAUGCCUCACAUGUCUCACAUGUCUCACAUGCCUCAAAUGCACCACCAUGCCUCCAGCCCCCUGGUGCAUUCGAGCGCCAUGGCGGGCCAGCACCCCAUGAUGCUCGCCCAGGGGCCUCCCGCCUACGGCCGCGCCCUCUCCCGCCAGCUGAGCAGCGGCAUGUCUGAGAUCAAGCAGACCCAGGAUGCAUGGAAGAUCUGCCUGGACGUCAACCACUUUGCCCCUGAGGAACUGGUGGUGAAGACCAAGGAUGGGGUGCUGGAGAUCACUGGCCAGCACGAGGAAAGGCGUGAUGAGCAUGGGUUCGUGUCCAGGUGCUUCACCAGGAAAUACACGCUGCCCCCUACCGCCAACGUGGAGAAGGUGGCGUCCACUCUGUCCCCUGAGGGCGUGCUGACCGUGGAAGCCCCCCUCAACAAGCAGGCCAUCAAGGCUGCAGAGAUCAACAUCCCCGUCAUGGGCAGCGGUGCCAAGAAUGGCCAGGCCGUGCUCGACGAGGAGCACAAGCAGGAAGAGUGAAGCUCAUCCAGAAACCGACCCGCACACUUGCAGCUUCGUACAGGUGGCUUGCUGAGACAGAGGGGGGGGGGGCUGUCAAAUCACUCAAUGCUGCUAUUUUGCGUAAGAGCUAAAACCUGCACCCAUGUUUUAGCUGUGGUGCCCAAGGUGGCAGUAGGCUAGCCUGCUCCCUGCUAGUCACGCUCCCUCUCUCUGUCUUUGCAGUGAGCCAGCCUGGUCUGUGUGUGCUAUGUCCUCCUGUCAAUCGCACCUUUUUAAAAAUCAAAAUCUCCAGUUAUCCCCCCCCCAAUAUACACACACCCUCCUCAUUCCAGUGAUGCGGUCAGAAGGAUCCACAAUGUUGUAUGCUGCCUUUACUGCUUACACAAGUGUGUAGGUCGUCCAGUAACUUCUGGUCCCACUGCCGGGGUCAUUUGUAGAUGCUGUAGGCUUGUCUGUUCUCUUCAGCUGUCAUCUGUAGUUGUGUUUGGAAGGCUGUACCCAUGCAAACCAAGAAUUAAAAAAACAAACUUCAUUUGA